UUUCAGACAUAGAUAAAGAUAAGUAGGUGUCAGAAAGCUAGUAGCCGUAGACAGGUAUUUAUAAUAUUAAGGUCUAUGGUUUUAAACUAGUUUUUUGAUAAUCUUUGUAAAAGAAUUUUUCAUAAGGAUUUUUCUCAAAGCUAUGCCAAAGUAAAGCUAGUGAAUCCUGUUCUCGUUCUGCUAUAUUAUCAUCCAGUAAUUGAUUGUUGUAUACUAAAAUGUCUGCAACUUUAAAACCUUAUUUAACAGCGGUUCGACACACCCUAACCGCUGCUAUGUGUCUGAAAGAUUUUUCUUCGCAAAGGGUGGAAAGGCAUAACAAGCCAGAAGUUGAGGUGAGGUCUAACAAAGAACUACUUCUGACACCAGUUGUGAUUUCUAGGAACGAUAAGGAAAAAGUAUUAAUUGAAUCAUCAAUUAACUCUGUUAGAAUAAGCAUUGCUGUUAAACAAGCAGAUGAGAUUGAAAAGAUAUUAUGCAAAAAGUUCAUGAGAUUCAUGAUGAUGAGAGCUGAAAACUUCAUUGUUUUAAGAAGAAAACCUGUGGAAGGAUAUGAUAUAAGUUUUUUAAUUACAAAUUUCCACACUGAACAGAUGUACAAACACAAAUUGGUUGAUUUUGUUAUAAAUUUCAUGGAAGAAAUUGACAAGGAAAUAUCAGAAAUGAAGUUGGCGGUUAAUGCAAGAGCUCGAAUUGUGUCAGAAGAAUUUCUAAAGAGAUUUUAAUGUAUACUGGAAAAUUACAAGCCUUUUUUAUAUGAUUCUCUUUAUCUAUUUAAUCCAAAUAUAUGUUAUUCUAAUUUUAUUAUAUAGAGUAUAUUUUAGUAUUGAA